AAUUAUAAAGACAGCAGAGAAGGCAGGCAGGCAGGAAGCAGAAAAGAAAGAUAAAUGGCUCUCUCCAUCUCCUGUCUCUCUCUCCAAUCUCCUCCUCUUCCUACGUAUCAUCACGAUUAUUGUGCCGGUAGUUGGUCAACAGUACUCACUCGCUGCGUUCAUCAAUUCUCUAGUACAAGUAGUAUAUUUACCACCUCACCAUCACAACAACCUUUUUCUUCACAACCUCAUUUUCAAAUUCACAACAAAAAAACAAUUCUAUCCCAACAAAAAAUCUCAUUACUCAUCAUCAUACAUCUCUGCCAACCAACAUCAACAACCACCACAACAACAACAACAACAACAACAACAAUCAACAAAGAUGUCAAUGUUUCCCUUUACUGGUCAGACCAUUCGUUGCAAAGCUGCGGUGGCAUGGGAAGCAGGGAAGCCACUAGUGAUAGAAGAGGUGGAGGUGGCACCGCCGCAGAAAAAGGAAGUUCGUCUCCAGAUCCUCUAUACUUCCCUUUGCCACACUGAUGUUUACUUCUGGGAAGCCAAGGGACAAACACCCGUGUUUCCUCGCAUAUUAGGUCAUGAAGCUGGAGGAAUUGUGGAAAGUGUAGGCGAGGGAGUGACCGAUCUCCAACCAGGAGACCACGUCCUCCCUGUUUUCACUGGGGAGUGCAAAGAGUGCCGCCACUGCAAAUCCGAAGAGAGCAACAUGUGUGACCUCCUCAGGAUAAAUACUGAUAGAGGGGUCAUGCUUAGCGAUGGCAAAACAAGGUUCUCCAUCAAUGGAAAGCCCAUCUAUCACUUCGUUGGCACUUCCACAUUUAGUGAAUACACUGUCGUACACUUUGGCUGUGUUGCCAAGAUUAACCCCAAAGCUCCGCUUGACAAAGUUUGCGUUCUCAGCUGCGGAAUAUCCACAGGACUUGGUGCAACUUUAAAUGUAGCCAAACCACGAAAAGGUUCAACCGUUGCUAUUUUUGGAUUGGGAGCUGUAGGCCUAGCUGCGGCUGAAGGUGCUCGUAUUGCUGGAGCUUCCAGGAUCAUUGGAAUUGAUUUGAAUGCAAAUAGAUUCGAUGAAGCUAAGAAGUUUGGUGUUACCGAGUUUGUGAACCCAAAAGAUUAUGACAAGCCAGUUCAACAGGUGAUUGCCGACAUGACUGAUGGAGGAGUGGACCGUAGUGUUGAAUGUACUGGAAAUGUCAAUGCCAUGAUCUCUGCAUUUGAAUGUGUUCAUGAUGGUUGGGGAGUUGCUGUGCUCGUUGGUGUGCCAAACAAAGAUGACUCAUUCAAAACUCAUCCUAUGAAUUUGUUGAAUGAGAGAACUCUCAAGGGCACCUUCUUCGGGAACUACAAGCCCCGCACUGACCUACCAUCUGUCGUGGAAAAAUAUAUGAACAAGGAAUUGGAACUCGAGAAAUUCAUUACCCAUGAAGUUCCUUUUUCGGAGAUCAACAAGGCAUUCGAGUACAUGCUGCGCGGUGAAGGUAUCCGCUGCAUCAUUCACAUGGGAGCUUAGAACAUCUGUGAAGUGGGGGUGUGUGCUGCAAGAAACAUAUUUGUCUUUUCCAAGUUCAAUUUUUCCAGUUUGAAGUCAGUUUUGGGGUAGUUGGUGCACACAGAACUACUACUUGGUGAAUAUCUACUUAAAUAAGUUUAAGAUGGUCUGGUCUAUGUCACUUUGGUUUGUGUCUAUGGUUUCUAUGUGUAUAUAUAUUUUUCAUCUUCACUUACUUCAAUCUUGCCUUCUUAUUUUUAUUUUUAUGUUAUCAAGUCAUUGAAUGAUUUUA